AUGGAAGUAGGCUUCUUUAAAGACAAUGAGACCAAGGAACCACUGCAAGACAACAGUCAGUACAGGAUAGCAAUUGGAAAGCUCCUAUACAUAUCAACUGUUUCAAGACCGGACACUGCAGCACCAGUUGGGAUAUUGUGCAGAAAAGUUAAUGCACCAACUGCAAUCAAGAGGCUAGGAAGAUAUCUAAAGGGAACUGCAGAUCUGAAACUGAUGCUACCUGCAAACAGUAAUCCUAGACUUGUGGGCUUUAUGGAUGCAAACUGGGCUGAAGACAGAGAAGACCAAAAGUCCACUAGUGGGAAUCUGUUCUAUUAUGGAGAAGGAGUCAUCAGUUGGACUAGUAAGAAACAGUCAGUUGUAGCCCUCUACAGAAGCAGAAUACAUAUCUGCAGCACAAGCAUGUCAGGAAGCAACCUGGUUACCCAGACUAUUCUUAGACUUUGUAAUCAAUGA